AUGGCGGCAAUGGCUAACCUUGCGAAUACCAUAGAGGCAAAUGCUGCUGCGACUCUGCAAGCUGUGCAGAGGUUCGGCCAACCAGCCGAGAACGGAAACGUAGAUGGGAAUAAAAAUAAUAAUGUGAAAGGAAAUGGUGAUAAAAUGGGAGCUGCUCUGAUGACCUUGGCUACUUUUCUCAAGGUUCAUCCGCCAAGUUUCAGAGGUUCAACCAACCCUAUAGAAGCGGAUAAUUGGUUUCAGACCAUGGAGCGUGCAUUACAAGCACAGCAUGUUUCGAACAACCAGUAUGUGGAGUUUGCUGCGUAUCAGCUUUUAGGAGAGGCCCAGCAUUGGUGGCAAGGAGAAUGUCGCUUACUACAGCUUCAGAAUGCCGAUAUCCCUUGCGAUGUAUUCCAAACGGCUUUCUACAAAAAGUGCUUUCCUCAAUCUGCAAGGGAAGCAAAGAAGAUGGAACUUAUGCAGCUGAAGCAAGGUUCCUUGUUUGUGGCAAAAUAUACUAACUAA